AGUAAAAACGGAGCGUAGAGUGAAUGAAGUCAGCUGAUCUCAGCCUGCUGUCACGCAUCGCAGCACCCGUCGUUUCUCCCUCGAGCUAAGACAGAAAACCACCACUUCACAACCAGACGGUAACUAUAAAUUCUUGUUCGCCUGAUUUUGACAUUUUUAAUAAUACAUACUGUAAUUGGCUGUUUUGUGUGACGAUAACAUGAAAUUAGCUUCCUCGUUGCAGCAAAAUCGGUUGAGGCAUCAAUUUCUAGCCAGGCCGAAGGACCUCUCAUUCUUUAAUACAGAAUAUCAAACACCGCUGACUCACGUUGUUUUACUGUUAAAACAAAUUGCUGUCUCAAGGAAAUUACAUAUAUGUUAGUCUUAAUUUUUUCGGCCGACUUUAGCUGUUUAUGUUGCAAUAGCUUGGUGCUGUUUAGAGGAAGCUAUCAAACUGAAUCGAGAUCAGGUUCAAAGCAAUGUCAUACAGCCCCGAUUAUCAUUUAAACCGACUACCUGGUUAUGUAUGGGUAUUUUUUCAGUAUAAUAACACAAAAUGGCUGAAUUAUAUACGAUGAGCUACCUGCAUGUAAGGAAUUUGCAAUUAACAUGAGAGUGUCAGGAUCUCACAUACAUGUAACAUUUCUGUCACAUCUAUCUUCCUUUACAUGCCUCUGUCAAGUGGUAACCUUACACUCUCUUUGCAAACUGGGCAUUGCCAGACAAAAAAAUAUUAAUAAUAAAAAAUAAAAACCCCAGUUACAAUAAUACAGGUCCAGCAUAUAUGUCUCUGUCAGACUAAGAAGCUGUUGAGUCCUUUUGGUGCUUUAAAUCUGAGCUCUAGUGUCAGCAGAUGACCAUUUCCACCUUUAUGUAUUCAUCACAACCUAUAGAUGCACAUCUAUAAAUCUGUGGUCUGGUUUAACAGUGGGGGGUACAAUUAUGAGCGGGCUUUAAUUAGACUUUCUGUUGAGGAUUAUACUCGCAAAGGAGAUUUUUUUGUUUCCACAUACAUACACACACAGUUUAAUUUGUACUUCCCAGUUUUGCACCAUGUUAGUUUUCCACUUCCUGAAAGAGACUCAUACAGACCAGGCCAGCCAGUCAUGUGCCAGGAUCAUAUGACCAAGUUUCAUGUCUGUUGUAGGAGUUAUGAGCUGGGAACUUGUCUUGAAGUAUUUAUUGUAAUGUCAUAAAAGGUUUUAUUUGAAAAGAUAAACCACAUAGUUGAUUUUUUUUAGAAUUAGAGUUAAUCAAAAGACAGAGUUAAUCAUUUUUUUUAACUAAUCAGCAAAACAAUAGAGCUUAUCUCCCCACUGUACUGUUCUUUAAAGUUCAGAUACACACUGAUUCAGCCCUAUAUCCAAAUGUUAGAGAUGCACUCAGUAAGAUAAAACAAACCUAAUCAUCGUUGAAAAGCAAGAUCAUGUUGAUAGUUUAGCUCUGUGUUUGAAGUACUUGCGAACAGAGUGAAGCAUUUUUAGGUGUAUUUCUUGUAAUUCCUGCAUUGACCUAUUGGUGGAGCUGGCAUUGUACUGCACAGAUGGACUCAAAGCAGCCUAGCAUAAACAGGAAGAUCUGUAUCAGUGGGAAGGACAAGAAAGGACAUGGAUGUAAGCUCUGUUUGUGUGGUGGGAUUGUUAGAGAAAGAAUGAGGAAUAUCUUUGGAGCAUGUUGACUCGAAGUAAAGCUGCUUCAGGAACUGUGCAGAGCAUCUGCAGUCAGCUCUGUGUGGGGAUGGGUUUGUGUCACGACUGAUGACAGCUUGAGCUUUUUUUUCCCCUACUGCAUGAAGCUUAAAGGCAUCAGAGUAGUGUUCAGGGAAUAUGGGACGUGAAGAUGACAAAAAAAUGGGAAUUAAAAGAGACAAAUUUGCAUGCAAAGAUGCACCUAUGGAAAAGCUCUGCACCUCUGUAUGAAAAGGAGCUGUUUACAUACACAUACUGUGCAGUAAGAGUCAAACAGAAACAGAAACAUGCUGGUCUGUGGGAUUCCCCUCUGAUGUUCGCCUGAUGCGUCACACUGACAAUUCCGACCUGAUCCUGAAGAUGGCCUGUAGUGUUGAGGAAUACUGUGUCGUGAGGAGGGAUGUUGCUUUAUUUCAAGGCGGUUCCCAUAGUAACCGUAGGAGAUGCCAUGUUCAAGUUACCAGGCAUACUGCCAGGCUAAUGUGCAUCUGUGAACGGAUGAUUCUUACGUUCAUCUUUUAAUUUUUGAAUAAAUCACCCUUGCUUAAUUUCUUUAUUAUUUAUUUUAGCUUUUAUGAUAAGAUCAUAACCAGCUUAGCUUUCCCCCAAUAAAUAGAUGUCUCUGUUGACAUGUUCUGAGACAAGAAAUGACUGUAACAAAACUGUUCAAAGCCUUAUAAACUACAUGUCUGCCAAUAACAGCUCUUGCUUAUUAAAAUGACAGGUCAUAUUUGUCAAAAAUGACUAUUACAGCUGAGUAGAUCACCUCUCCUCUUGUUAUAAGCUUAGUUUUUUCCUUUUUUGUCGUCUAUGGCUCUUACGUCUUCCUCACAUUAAGCCUGUCUUUCCUGCUCUCCUUCUAAGUGAGACUUGGAAACCUGUGAAGAUGGACACGUCCAAGCUGCCAAAGAUGAGGGAUGAGGAGAGAGAGAGCCAGUUUGGAUAUGUUCAUGGAGUCUCUGGUCCAGGUCCGUAAUCGCACACUCAUAAAACUGUUUGCACUUACAAGAGGCCUGUAGAUGAAAUUCAGCUGCAGCUCUGUUUAUUUAUGUUGAUUUGAGCUUGUUCUCUGUGUUUGUUUUUCUAGUGGUGACAGCUACAGCCAUGGCGGGGGCGGCCAUGUACGAGCUGGUCCGUGUCGGCCACAGUGAGCUGGUGGGAGAGAUCAUCAGGCUGGAGGGGGACAUGGCCACCAUCCAGGUCUAUGAGGAGACAUGUAUCCUUCUGAUCACAAAGCGAUUUGUCAAGAAGCUUCAGUUUUUUUAUGGAACAGUUUUCAGCUCUGUUUGAUUCAGUCAGGGGUCAGGGGUGAAAAGAAGAUGCAGAGUGAUAAUAACAUUUAGGAACAACAAUUAAAAAGCAGAAUUUUACCAUUAAAUAUAGAGCAAAAUGGGAUUUUAUUAUUAAGAUAUGUGAAAAAAAUGUGUAACAUGGACUAAAUCCUUGUCCUUAAAACAGAAAUGUAAAAUAUUCUAGCUAACCUGCUCGUGUAACAGGAAAAAACUGUUCAGGAAAAAGUCAGAACUGUGCUGAUUUACGUACACAUAGAAACACAGGAUCACAGAGUCUGAUCAUGUUGGUUUGGAGUGUAUGGCUAAUGUUGACAGAGCCUACAGUUCUCUGUGCAGCUUAAAGGGAUAACGUGGCGUAAAAUUAAUUUAGGGUCAAACACACCGCAACACCGAGUUAGACACCCCCUUUAGAGAUGAAUGUUGCCGACCGCUUGCUUCUCUAGUUAUACCAACUUUAGUAACCACCACAGGAUAGCGAUACACAGCGGUCUGAGGAGCCAUAAACAAACCUCAACCAAAACACCACUCUAUAGCCACAAAUAAUGCUCAGAACAGCACCUAACUUCAUCAACAGUACAUACAGGGUCGUAGCCACAGCACUAGCCACCAAACAUCUUUUUAGCUUUGCCUAAUUUCUUUAGCAAAGAGACUAAACACAACUCACCUACUCUCUUCCAGCAGCAACUUGUUUGUAGUGAGACCUCAGGCUAGUUUAUCAUCGACUGCAGCGGGGUGACACAGCUCAAGGAAGAACAUUUAUGAUCAUGUCGUUCAUGGGAAUGCAAUCAGACCGAGACGCUAAAGCAGAAGAACUACCGUGUCUGCAGUGCAAAAUGAUUAAUAUGGUGAUCAUGACUUCAAGGAAAUGACAAAGAAAUGAUCAUAAAUGUUCUUCCUUGAGCUGCGUCACCCCGGUGCAGUUGAUGGACUGGCCUGAGGUCUUGCUACAAACAAGCAGCUGCUGGAAGAGAGUAGGUGAGUUGUGUUUAGUCUCUUUGCUAAAUAAAUCAGGCAAAGCUAAAAAGAUGUUUGGUGGCUAGUGCUGUGGCAUGGACCCUAUAUGUACUGUUGAUGAAGUUAGGUGCUGUUCUGAGCAUUAUUUGUGGCUAUAGAGUGGCGUUUAGGUUGAGGUUUGUGUAUGGCUCCUCAGACCGCUGUUUAUUGCUAUCUUGCGGUCAUUACUAAAGUUGGUAUAACUAGAGAAGAAAGUGGUCGGCAACAUUCAUCUCUCGAGGGGGUGUCUAACUCUGUGUUGCGGUGUGUUUGACCCUAAAUUAAUCUUAUGCUGGAAUAUCCCUUAAACACCCACACACCUGUGCACAUGUGUAGACGGCACCGCAGAGCCUCCUGUUUUUAUCAAUGGAAUACUAUUCCUCACAGCUCUUAGUGAAUCAUUACUUCUAUCAUCCCAGAUCUGCUGUCAAAGAGACGGAGUAUUAAAAAAAAUUCUGAGUUAAAGCUUUGGGAGAUCAGUGAUGCUGCCAAGCAUCAAUAUAUUCGUCUCUCCAGUACAAACAUAUUCUUUUUCCCUGAGCUUGAGUCCAGCUGGCGUGUCUGUUGGAGAUCCAGUCCUGCGGACGGGUAAGCCUCUCUCUGUGGAACUGGGUCCAGGAAUCAUGGGCUCCAUCUUUGACGGUAUCCAGCGACCAUUGAAGGACAUCAAUGAUAUCACACAGAGCAUCUACAUCCCCAGAGGUGUAAACAUUGGAGCCCUCAACCGAGACCUGAAGUGGGAGUUUAUCCCCAGCAAGAGCCUGCGGGUGCGCGUUAACUCCAAAUCUUAAGCUUUUUGUGUUUCCUUUAGCAGAUAAAUUAAAUGUGAACUGUAUUUUUUUAGGUUGGCAGUCACAUGACAGGAGGAGACAUCUACGGCAUGGUGCACGAGAACUCCCUUAUCAGGCACAAGAUCAUGCUGCCGCCCAGGAACCGAGGCACAGUCACCUACCUGGCUCCACCAGGAAACUACGACGUCACCGUGAGUCCAUCGCACCUCCAGCUUAAGCCAUGAAGUAGCUGUUAUUUAGUGCCUUUUCUGAUUGUGCCUGAUUCUGUCCCAGGAUGUGGUGAUGGAGCUGGAGUUUGAGGGUGUGAAAGAGAAAUUCACCAUGGUGCAGGUGUGGCCCGUCAGACAAGUGCGUCCCGUCACAGAGAAGCUGCCCGCCAAUCACCCACUGCUGACUGGACAGAGGGUGCUGGACGCCCUUUUCCCGUAAGCCAGUGAAAAUGACCUCUGCAUGAAUGUUUACCUGCGCUGGUUUCUUUUUUAACUCUUCCUGUUUUGCAGAUGUGUGCAGGGAGGAACCACAGCCAUCCCAGGAGCCUUUGGCUGCGGAAAAACUGUCAUCUCUCAGUCCCUCUCCAAGUACUCCAACAGUGACGUCAUCAUUUACGUAGGCUGCGGGGAGCGUGGUAACGAGAUGUCAGAAGUACUGCGAGACUUCCCUGAGGUGGGUAUCAAAGCCCAGGCACAUUGUACCACAGGUGUUGUGACUUUGAUGGGUGUUCUGACCGUGUCGUUUCCCCAUCAAUAGCUCACCAUGGAGGUAGACGGUAAGACAGAAAGCAUCAUGAAGAGAACAGCACUGGUGGCUAACACCUCCAACAUGCCUGUAGCUGCCAGAGAAGCCUCCAUCUACACAGGUACCUGUCAACCACACUCUGAAAAUCUACUAUUUCUCUAACUGUAUGUGAAGACUGUGCUGACUCGGUUUGUUUGUGCAGGAAUCACGCUGUCCGAGUACUUUAGAGACAUGGGAUACAAUGUGAGCAUGAUGGCUGACUCGACCUCCCGUUGGGCCGAGGCUCUCAGGGAGAUUUCAGGACGUCUGGCUGAGAUGCCUGCAGGUGAGUGAGCGAUCUCCUGGAGGGUGGAUAAAGAACCUGAGUCUGCUUCGGAGUCUGAACCUUUAACAAAGUAUUAAACACCAGCAUUGUUGGAGGGCUUAUCAUAGAUGUAGGUCACCAGUCUGACUCAGGGUUUACAGGAAAUGAAAGUAUAAUUGUUUGUUAUUUGGGUCUUUCAUAGUCAUUAGAAUUGCGUUAAAUUAAAGGAUGACGAAUAAUCUUUUGCUUUCACAAGUAAAAUCAAUUGAGGGUUCUUGAGCUUUAUUAAGAAGAAUGUGCUCAUUAAAGAAAAGCCUACCAUUGCGCCCUCUGCUGAUUAAUUUUGUGGUCUACCACACGGCACCUCAAGUCCCCAUGACCAGACAUAGAUCAAAUCUUGGCAAAAUCAUAAACUUUACAUUUUUGCCUUUUUUACCUUUUCAGACGGGGAUCUUUUAAUUUUCAGUGUUGGAAAUGGGCUUCCAUACAUUUUGGACGUUUAGGGCAACAACUUCAUUUGUCUUAAGAUGUUAAAAAGUAUAUUUUUUAUCGAUUUGUUUUCUUAUUACAAGUCCCUUUUUAAACCAGGCUGUCGCUUAAAGUCUGUAUUUAAAGGCACACUGCUCAUCAUCUCAGGUUCAGCCUUCUUGAUUUAAUGCAAGGAUCAUUGAUUAUUGAGUAUUUACUCAUAAUUCCUGCAGUAGUAGUACUUCUUUGACAGAGAGCCAGCACAUUUGUACAAUGGUCUUUUCUCUCUUUAAUGUAAUCAUGUUGACCUACUUGGAAGCAUAAAGUUUCUCCUCUGUGUCUGAAUUAGAGUUUUCUGUGUCUGCCCACAGACAGCGGUUAUCCUGCCUACCUGGGAGCUCGUCUCGCCUCCUUCUAUGAGAGAGCUGGAAGAGUGAAGUGUCUGGGCAACCCUGAGAGGGAGGGCAGUGUCAGUAUUGUUGGAGCGUGAGUACAGCUUCACACCACUAGAGGGAGACAGUACUUUGCACAUGUACGGAUGGACUAACAGUUGAGCGUCAGAGCCUGAUGAAUUUUAUUUUUCUUUCCCAGUGUGUCGCCUCCUGGUGGUGACUUCUCUGACCCUGUCACCUCAGCCACGCUCGGUAUCGUACAGGUACGUGGUUAAAAACAGAUCUCACUGUUGUUUAUUUAGUAAAUAAUUGUACUUUAAUAUCAUUUUGCUCCCGAUACUUUCUCUCUCAGGUGUUCUGGGGUCUGGAUAAGAAGCUGGCUCAGAGGAAGCACUUCCCCUCCGUCAACUGGCUGAUCAGCUACAGCAAAUACACUCGUGCUCUGGAUGAGUAUUACGACAAACACUUCCCAGAGUUUGUGCCCCUGCGUACCAAGGCCAAGGAGAUCCUGCAGGAGGAGGAGGACCUGGCUGAGAUUGUGCAGCUUGUUGGAAAGGUAAUAUUUAGAUAAACUUUUGAUUUCCUUGAAGUGAGGAUGAUUGAAAAAGUUUGGGAAUGUAACUUUUUAAAACUUCUUUUAACAGGCAUCGCUGGCAGAAACAGAUAAAAUCACCCUGGAGGUGGCCAAACUGAUCAAAGACGACUUCCUGCAGCAGAAUGGUUACACUCCUUAUGAUAGGUAACAUCAAACCCAACACAGCAUGUCGUUAUUCUCACUCUUAGUCACUAUUCAAAGCUGGACAAAAGCAGUAAAGCUUGAACUCAAAGUUGAACAUUUUCAGUGCAUAUGGAUUUAAAUGGCUUUAAAAGUAAAUAACUCAUCUGACUUUUCUUAUCAGGUUUUGUCCUUUCUAUAAGACGGUGGGAAUCCUCUCAAACAUGAUUUCUUUCUACGACAUGGCCCGGCACGCGGUGGAGACCACGGCUCAGAGCGACAACAAGAUCACCUGGGCCAUGAUCAGGGAGCACAUGGGAGAAAUUCUCUACAGGAUCAGCUCGAUGAAAUUCAAGGUCUGUGUGUGGGUGUGGUUGUGGGUGUCUGAGUGUGUGCUUGCUAAAGCUUCUGUUAAUGUCCUCUUUGUUAUACUAAAUGUCAGAGUCCUCUUGAAAACUGCCUUAGUGUAUCAAAAUGAUAACAGCCACUGCUCAAGCUCCAAAGACGCAGCACAAAGCCUGUUCCCUGCGUUUGUUAAAACUGUUUCCUUUGUGUGCACAGGACCCAGUGAAGGACGGCGAGGCCAAGAUCAAGGCUGAGUACGCUCAGCUGGUGGAGGACAUGCAGAACGCUUUCCGCACAUUGGAAGAAUAGGCUCACACACCUCGUAAAGCCUUUUUGGGUUUUUUCGUCUCUGACCCCUCCACUGCGGAACCACAUUCCACCUCCUCGUAUCCCCCUGAAACCUGUGUGCUCCCCUGUGCUCCUCUUUUUGCGAGUGAUUGUAUGAAUGUGUGUGUGUGUGUGUGCACAUUUUAACGUGGAGGGCAAAGAGAAAGAUGUACUGUAUUCAUUAUUAUUUGUUGCCUCAUAUCGGCGUACUCUGGAUCCUCUGAUUGUGCAUGUGUGUGUGUGUCUGUGGGUAAAAUGUGUGUGUGUGUGAACGAAGGAUCUCUUCCCACUCUUUCUUCCUUUCUCUGUUUACAUGAUUUCUGUGUGUGUAGCCGUGCUGCUCAUCCUGAAGGCGAUCGUUCGGGGUUGAUGUAUUGUAAUUCAUAAACCAUCUGUACAGAAGAGUAUUGAAUAUAAAUUUAAUAAGAUCACUCUAUUUAUUGCCAGCAUUUUGAUGUGAAGGCUUCGUUCUAUCUUUUUGUUUUUAUGGUUGUGUUUUCAUGCUGUGUAGUGUUGUGUAACUUUGCUGUGUGAAUGCUGUCCAAUACUUUCAUCAUGUUACUCCUGAAGAAUUAAAAACAUGGGAAAAAAGAAAAAGGC